CUGGCUUUUCUCCGAUCAAGCCUCUCUCUCUCUCUCUAUAUAUAUAUAUAUAUCUACGGCGUAGUAAAUCUCUCUCUCUCUCUCUCCUCUUCCAGUCCGAUCAAUCCUCCUGUAAGAAGCGGAUUCGAAGUUCGAAAGGGAAGGUAAAGCUUAAGAACAAUGGGGCUUACCUUCACGAAGUUGUUCAGCAGGCUUUUUGCCAAGAAGGAGAUGAGAAUUUUGAUGGUAGGUCUCGAUGCGGCUGGUAAGACCACCAUUUUGUACAAGCUCAAGCUAGGAGAGAUUGUCACUACAAUUCCCACCAUAGGAUUUAAUGUGGAGACUGUUGAGUACAAGAACAUUAGCUUCACUGUGUGGGAUGUUGGGGGUCAAGACAAGAUUCGCCCAUUGUGGAGGCACUACUUCCAGAACACCCAAGGGCUGAUCUUUGUUGUUGAUAGCAAUGACAGGGAUCGUGUUGUUGAGGCAAGGGAUGAAUUGCAUAGGAUGUUGAAUGAGGAUGAACUGAGGGAUGCAGUGUUGCUUGUAUUUGCUAACAAGCAGGAUCUUCCUAAUGCAAUGAAUGCUGCAGAAAUAACUGAUAAGCUUGGUCUUCACUCACUUCGCCAACGUCACUGGUACAUCCAGAGCGCUUGUGCAACCUCCGGGGAGGGUCUAUAUGAAGGCCUGGAUUGGCUAUCCAACAACAUUGCUAGCAAAGCUUAGGCGAAUGCGGUGCUGAUGGGAGUUUAUUAUAGUUCAAAGGCGAUAUUUCAGAUACCAUCUUGACAAUUAUUAUUUUUUUUGUGUAUUGAAACUUCAAAUUUUAAUAGUGCCUGAUGAUGUAACUCUUCUUUAUUGUACUUACUUUUGUGUGUUCUUUUAAAUGUAUCUGAAACAAAUACAAUUUCGUAAUAUUGCAUUAUCUCUUUUGACCUGUUGGUU